UAAAGUAUUAGCCAUCGCUGGAUCGUCGAUGAUCACCACCCUUCCUCUGAAACACAAUCUCCCACACCCUCGUUCGCCCUUCUGAAAUCUCUACUAUGCUACGUCGCGCCACUCGCGCGUGUCCUUUCUGCGAGGUCAACAGUCUUCUCGUCCGACCUCCAGUACUUCAACCCGCCAACCAACAGGUACGGCUCUAUGCGCAAUUGCAGAGAGAUCGCUCGAGCAAUAAGCAUGGCUCCUCCGACCAACGAUUCUCAACCCCCCGGCCGUCCUUCAAUCGCUCCCGCGACAAGCAUCGACCCUCUCGCAUGGUCCUCUCCGACACCGUCGACCGUCCUGCUACUCGACCCGAAGGCAAACCAGCAAGAAAAAAGCGUGAGCCCUUCUCGUACCUCAACAAGACCCGUGUGCCACGGGACCUAGAGCAGGAACAGGAGAGAAAUGGCCAGGCUUCCAGCAGGGGUUCCUUCCAGAGCCGGCGCCGCGAGGACGGGAAGCGGAGAGGAAAGCCAGAUGCAUACCAUGCGCUGAAAAUGCAAAAGGGCUUACAAGAGAUACCAUAUGGGUCAAGGUCCGCCAUCAAGAGGAAGAUUGAGCAAGUGGAUUCGUUUGAAGGCCUACCUUUCCUCGACACGCUGCAAGAAGCCAUCAAGGACGCACUCCCAGGCCUCGAAUAUCGCAUUCCUACACCUGCCCAGGCCGUCGCUAUCCCCGCACUGCUAGGCUUAGAAGCAAAGAGGAGGACCAGGAACCCGGCUCAGAAAGAAGCUUUGGAAUCAUACUUGCUGGCAGCAGAGACGGGAUCUGGCAAAACCCUUGCCUACCUCCUCCCGACGAUCGAUGCCAUCAAGAGAGCCGAGGCCGUUGAAGCGGAGGAGAAGGAACGCGAGGAGGCAGAGCUGGCUGCGGCCAAAGAGUUGGAUAAAAGGGACGAUAUCUUCGCUCUCGAGUCUCCGCCGACCACGAAUGCCGUGGAUCCUGCUCGUCCGCGAGCCAUCAUUCUCGUCCCCACGGCCGAACUGGUUGCUCAAGUCGGAGCCGUCGCAAAGUCCCUGUCGCAUACCGUUAAGUUCAGAGCAGCUCCAAUUUCGGCCAAGAACACUGCCACCGUCAUCAGGAACAGGCUGUUCAACGAAAAUGGCGUAGACAUGAUCAUCUGCACACCUCCGCUAUUGUCGAGCAUCGCCGAGAGCAACCCCAACAUCCUGAGCCGUGUCAGUCACCUGAUCAUCGACGAGGCCGAUUCGCUCCUCGACCGCUCUUUCAAGCCGUUCACUACCGGAAUCCUCGACAGGGCAACCCCUUCUCUCAAGAAGCUCGUCCUGUGCUCUGCCACCAUCCCUCGCUACCUGGACAAAUACCUCGCGGAACGAUACCCAUCCAUGAAGCGCCUCGUAACUCCCAAUCUGCACGCCAUCCCCCGCCGUGUCCAGCUAGGCGUCGUCGACGUCAACAAGGACCCCUACCGAGGAAAUAAGAUGCUCGCAUGUGCCGACACCAUCUGGCAGAUUGGCAAAGCGAGCGGGGACUACGACCCGGCCGAAGGCAAAGAGAUAUCCCAGACCAAGCGCAUCCUCGUCUUCGUCAACGAACGCGAAGAAACCGAGACAGUCGCCCAAUACCUCGUUAAGAAAGGCAUCGACGCCCUCGCCUUCCACCGCGACACCGACCCCAGCCGACAGGCAAAGACCCUCGCAAGCUUCACCGGAACCGAGAAACCCACCACCACCUCCUCCUCCACCGACGACAAACCCAACCCCCCCGCUCCAGCCGACAAGAACAAGCGCCAGCUCGCCAACACCAAAGUCAUCGUCACAACGGACCUGGGCUCCCGCGGCAUCGACACCGUGUCCGUCCGGCACGUCAUCCUCUACGACGUCCCCCACACCACCAUCGACUUCAUCCACCGGCUCGGCCGCACGGGGCGAAUGGGCAGACGCGGCCGGGGCAUCGUGCUCGUCGGCGCUGGCGACCGUGCAGACGUCGUGAAGGAGGUCAGGGACGCUAUGUUCAGAGGCGAGGCGCUGAUCUAAACAGCGUUGAACAUCAUUUAACGCAUUGUAUAUCAUGUAUGAAUAGCAUAUUUUGUACGAUAGAAAGACCACUUUACAUACACAUAGACAAGACUAGAUGAGAUGAGAUAAGAUAAC